GCCAGCACAGUCUGGAGACUUACUCAGAACCCCACCCAUCCUCAACCAUUACCACACUCACGUCAAGCAGGCUGGCACCAGCCCAGACUGGCAUGGUCCCACUCCAGCAGCUCCCAGGCAAGUCAAGAUUCCUUUGUGACGCGGACAGCUGCUCAGAUUUAAGGAGUGAUCUCACAAUAUCAGGAAGAUUGUGGACAAGCCCAAGCAGCCUGGAGAAGAGAUCAACCCAGUGAUAGAACAAAAUUCACCAUCAACCAGCCACCUCAGAGCUCUGGUGAAGUAAAGCACAGACCAGCACAUUUUGCCUGGGGAGAGCUUAAGAUUCUUUCUGCUGCUGCCUGUGCACCAUUCCAACUAGUAAGAUUUCAAGGUCCUGCUGCUGGCUGAGCACCAAUCAUCCCAGCCUGGCAAGAACCCAAGGUCCUUUCCACUGCUCGUUGUGUACCAUCCCAGCCUCGCGAGAGUUCAAGGUCCUUUCUACCACUGGCGUACCAAUACUCCCAAAAGCCUAGCUUCAGUCGCACAGGCUGUGUGCAAGCCAACCUCAUAAGUGACCGAGACCUUACACUCUUGUGCCAUCAGACCUGUCUCUGGCCCAGCUGAAGUCAAUAAACCUGCACGCCAACAAUUGCCACCAUGAUUGGCGAGAUCUGUGUUGCAGCAACCUUCAUCUCCAAGUUCCUGUGCACCAGGGGCCUCAGGAAUGAGCAGCAGCUACAGACCUUCAGCCAGAGCCUGCAGGAGCUACUGGUAGAGCACUACAAACAUCACUGGUUCCCAGAGAAGCCCUGCAAGGGUUCAGGUUACAGGUGUAUUCGUAUUAACCAUAAAAUGGAUCCUCUGGUCGGCCAGGCAGCCCAGCAGAUUGGACUGAGCAGCCGAGAGCUGUUCAGGCUUCUCCCAAGUGAACUCACACUGUGGGUUGACCCCUACGAAGUGUCCUACAGGAUUGGAGAGGAUGGCUCCAUCUGUGUGCUGUAUGAAGCCUCACCAGUGGGAGGUAGCUCUCAAAACAGCACCAACGCUCAAACAGUAGAUAGCAGAAGCAGCUGUAAGGAGGAACCUCUUUUGGGCAGAACAAGCCCUUCUAAAAACUACAAUAUGAUGACUGUAUCAGGUUAAGAUACAGUCUACGGAUGGAUCAUCUUAUAAUGGACGGAUAAAUUUGAUUUUUGCUUUGGGUGGGCUCCUCUUGGGGAUGGAUUAUUGAAUUUAAACCAUGGCACAGCUGUGAAGAUCUGGAAUGAGAUCGUGUUGAUAUUUUGUAAGUGACACGGCUAUAGUUUGAAUAGUAUCUUUCAGUGAUGUAAUAGUCUGUGAGUUCAAGCAAGCAUUCACUUUAUUUUUAGGGAGUGAAGUCAUAAGUUGGUUUUAGUUUAUCCCAAUCCUUGUUACAUCAGUCCCUUUAAGAAAAAAUUAAUUUCAUUUCAUUUUCUAUUUUAUGUAUGUGAUUGAAUUGUUGACUGUGUUUCUCUGGGCCACUUGAAUAGAAUGCUGGGAGAAGUCAGAACAGGGAAGUGGAUACCCUGAGAUUCUGGAAACUACUCCUUGGAUCUCUGUUAGAACAAACAGGUCUCAUGAGACAUCUGUCCAGCUAUCUCAGUAACUUUUUGGUCUUUUAGUAAGAAAGCUCAAUCCUUUAAGCAUGCAAUUAGUAAAAUGUACAUAAAGACAACUAGGUCAUCAUAUGACAGGGGAAAGUGUUUUCAGUUUUAAAUGUAGGGACCAGAAUGUGCCUUGGCAACAGGCUUUUAAAGGGCCCUUUAAAAGGCACUGUCUGAACUGGUGUUAUAGUUUAUAGUUUUCUAAUACUAAGUAAAAUUAUUUUUAGAAACUGUAGGGCCAAUUUGUACAAAAAACUUAUCAUCUUUCUUAUGAAUUUUGCUAACCACUAUUUUUUGGGUAGAUUUUCAUGUGACAGAGUUGCACAGAUUUCUGUAUUUGAAAUGCCAUGAAAUGCCAUGAAAUUAGCUUUUACAAUCUAAGAUAAAUCCGAGGUUUGACAAUAA